CAUCACCAAUCUCUAUAUAUACACUCAACAACGUCUGUACUUCUGAAAAACAAAGAGAGAGAAAAAUAUAUUUUGUUGAGAAUCUUUUAAAUAAUUAAUUAUAAUUAACUAGAAAUGUCCUAUUAUAUAACUGUUUGGCAAGAUUGAAAGAUUUGAAAGCCACAUAACUUUGUGUCGCUACCCGUGCAAUGAAAAAAAGAGCAUUAGAUAUUUGACAGCGAGAUUUACGAAACAACACAAUGUCAUCUUUGGUGAGCAACAAUGAGGUACAUGGAGUUGCUACUAAUGUGUCGCAAAUGAAACGUCUACCUUUGCAAGAAUAUCAACAACUUUAUCUAGAUUUAGACAAGGCUCAUCAAAAUAUUGCAAAUCUUAAUCAGAAACUAUGUAACGCUAGAAGAAAUUUGGAGGAUGAAAAACGUAAACGUCGAGUAGUUGAGCAUUAUAAAAAUUUAUUGGAAAGUCAAAUUAAUACAGUUAGAAAAGUGUUAUUCCAUGAUGGAGAAGCGAGCUUGGACGAAGAAAUAAGAAAGAAAUUACAAUUUCUUAUCAAACCUACGUUUGAAUUCAAAAUGUGUAAUAAUCUACACGUCCAAGAGAAACAGUCCGAUGGAUACCUGACCACAAUAACAGAAAUGGAUUCGACAGGUUCGAUAUUAAGCGACUUGAAUUGUUUAUCAAAGUCGGAAGAUGAUUUGGACACCGAUAUUAUUAUACAAGCGCAAAAAAAUAGAAAAUGGAAAGAGUACAAACUUUACAAUGAUUAUUCUGUAAAUGAACAAUGCAACACAUUAGAUAAAGUUGCAAAAUUUAACUCAUCCGAUGGAGCAACAACUACAAGAGCUAAGGCAAACGACGAUACGUAUACUGCUUUUAAAAUCAAAGUUACAUCUAAUAAUGAAAAUACCGAUUCCAAACCGUUGAAUACAGAAGCGCUCGUGAAUCAUAACUUUGUGUCAAAGAUAGUUAUUAAACCAGAGACAUGUAGUUUGUGCAGUAAAAGAAUCAGAUUUGGAAAGAUAAUAUUAAGAUGCAGAGACUGCACUGUUGUGUGUCACGCAGAAUGUAAGACGCAAGUUUUUUCGCUUCCAUGUGGAAAGAAGACGGCAAUAUUACACAAUACAUCUAUUGUCAAACAGUAAUAACCAAUAAAACUUGAAGUUUGUUACUUUGCAGUGGAACAAUAUUGUGGAGAAAAAAAGGAUCCAGUUUUACAAUUUAAUCGAUUGAACCUUAUUAAUUUUACAUGUUCAUAAACGUAUAAUUAUAUAUUGUAAUGUGUCUCAUUUCAAAUGUUAUAUAUCAUGUUGGGAAUAUUUAAUAAACGUAUUUAGUAAAUGUAUUUAGUAAACGCUUUUACACGACUGGUUAUAAUUGUAUUACGGAUAAUUGAACUUUGGUUAUACUCCAAUAUUUAAAGAAGAAUAAUUCAUUUUGCAAUGUUGAAAAUCUUGUGUCUCUUUGUGUUUUAUAUAUAUAUGUAUGUAUUCUCCUCUUGAUGAAUCCAUUUACAUCUGAUUACAUUGGAAAUUUAGAAUUUUCAUCUCCUUAAUGAAUCAACGCACUAGUAGAGCGUAUCGUUUAAUAUUUCGAAAUAUUUAGUUUCAUUUCUCGUUCGAGUUUUUCGAGAAAUUACCUUUUUC